GAAAGUGGCGAAAACGACCGAAGUCCUCCUCGGAGCAGCCGCUGCAUCGAUAAACAUGUCGGCCAGGGGGCUCCGCCAGAGAACCAGGCGAGGCAGCAGACAAGAUGCAAACAACGCUAGCACAUCUGCUGAAUUUCGGGCACCGAAAGAGGAAAAAAGCUGCGAUGACAGUAAAAUAGCAGAGACGCGACAGGAGUCAGCAAGUCGUGGAGGGCAGGUUUGGGCUCCAGAAGGUUCGACUGCAUUUAAAUGCCUCCUCUCUGCACGUUUUUGUGCAGCUCUGCUUAGCAACAUCUCAGACUGUGAUGAAACCUUCAACUACUGGGAGCCUAUGCAUUACCUGCUGUAUGGCACAGGGAUGCAAACCUGGGAAUAUUCUCCUUUGUACGCUAUCAGGUCCUAUGCUUACUUAUGGUUACACGCUCUUCCUGCUUGUUUGCAUGCUCAUGUACUACAAACAAAUAAGGUGUUGGUGUUCUACUUCGUGCGAUGUGUAUUAGCUUUCUCCUGCUGUGUCUGUGAACUCUAUUUCUACAAGGCAGUUUGUAAGAAGUUUGGAUUACACGUGGGCCGUCUGAUGUUGGCUUUCCUCGUUUUAAGCACUGGAAUGUUCUGCUCAUCUGCCGCUUUCCUUCCCUCUUCUUUCUGUAUGUAUACGACGCUAGUUGCCAUGACAGGUUGGUUUCAGGACUCAACACCAUUAGCAAUUCUGGGUGUGGCUGCUGGUGCCAUUGUUGGUUGGCCAUUCUCUGCUUUGAUUGGGAUUCCUAUUGCCUUUGACCUGGUGUUGAAGAGGCAGUGGAAAGAUUUUAUCAUCUGGACAACUGUUGCUCUGCUCCUACUACUGGUACCCUUGGUGGCAGUAGAUUCUUUCUUUUACGGCAAACUGGUCAUUGCUCCACUAAAUAUUCUACUGUAUAAUGUGUUCACACCACAUGGACCUGAUCUGUAUGGUACAGAGCCUUGGCAUUUCUACUUUGUGAACGGGUUCUUGAACUUCAACCUGGUGUUUGCUCUGGCGCUGUUUGCUCUACCGCUCACAGCGCUCAUGGAAACGCUGUUGCACAGGUUCAAUGUGCAGAACCUGGGCCGUCCAUAUUGGUUGACUCUGUCUCCCUUAUAUCUGUGGAUGCUGGUUUUCUUCACCAGGGCUCACAAAGAAGAGCGUUUUCUCUUUCCCAUCUAUCCUCUCAUCUGCCUCAGCGGGGCUGUAGCCCUCUCCUCACUACAGAAGUGCUACCACUUUCUGUUCCAGCGGUAUCGCCUUGAACACUACACCAUCUCCUCCAACUGGUUGGCGCUGAGUGCAGUUGUGGUCUUCGCUGUGAUCUCGCUGUCCCGCUCUGUUGCACUUUUCAGAGGUUACCACGCACCUCUGGACUUGUACCCAGAGUUUCACAGUAUCGCCAAGGAUCCAACCCUGCACUCGGUCCCUGAAGGCAGACCUGUUAGCGUGUGUGUGAGCAAGGAGUGGUACCGUUUCCCAAGCAGCUUCCUCUUACCACACAACUGGCAACUGCACUUCAUUCGGUCAGAGUUCAAAGGUCAGCUGCCUCAGCCGUAUGCCCCUGGUCCACUGGCAACACAGAUUAUCCCAGCCAAUGUAAAUGAUCAGAAUCUGGAAGAACCAACCAGAUAUACUGAUUUGCGGCAGUGCCACUACUUGGUCGACCUCGACACAGAUGAGGAGACGCCUCUUGAGCCACGCUACACCACCAACAAAGAAGAGUGGAACAUUGUCGCUUAUAAGCCCUUUCUUCAGGCUUCCAGGUCUUCCCCUUUCUUCAGAGCUUUCUACAUUCCAUUUAUAUCAGACCAUCAUACCACCUACAGGCGCUACGCCAUCUUGAAACCACGACGGCAAAAGCAGCCUCGUAAGAGAACACACGGCUGACCUUUAAACCUCGUGUCCUGGUUCCAUGGUCAAAGUACAGAAAUCGGACACUUCCAUUUCAAAACAGCUGUAUACGUGUGUGUUUGUGUAUGAUUGUUACACUUGUGUGCAUGUUGGAAUUGCUAUUUGAAGUAUUUGUGUCAUGACACAUUUAAAGGUGUUGAUUCCUUUAAUCAAUCAAACAAACAACUUUAUUAAUCCCACAAGGUGCAAUUAAAUUUGAGGCCCAAAUUUUAAGGACAUGGUGGGCUUUUGGGCUUGUGUGUACUUGAAUGAGUGAGGUGAUAGUGGUUCAAUCAUUCGUGUGUGUGUGUGUGUGUGUGUGUGUGUGUGUGUGUGUGUGUGUGUGUGUGUGUGUGUGUGUGUCUCUGAUGGGACACACACUACAAGAUUUUUACUUUAUUCAGCCCCAGACAGGUCUUCACACUCAGUCCAAGUGGCCAUGCCACCUCCCAGUUUCAUUUGCUAAAAUGUGGCCGAAGUGGAAUUUUUUUUUUUUUUUUUUAAAGAACAAAUUUUGUAGUGCUGUCAUCUGCCCUUGAACAGUCAUUCAUUCAUUCAUUGAAGCUAUUAGUUGGGUGAGUGGUGGAGAUGAAUGCAAGUGAGGCUGCAUUAUUAAUUUAAUUUGAAAUGUUAAUAAAAACAUGAUUGCCUG